AUGCGCGCCACCGACAUUCUUCUGCGGCCAUACCGCAAGCUGCGGCUCACUGUCAAGGACGUCAACAAGGGCUUCUACAAGGGCACGCGCACCGGCUCCAUGGGUCGGCAUACCAAGAAGGGUGGCUACGUGAUUGAGUAUGAGAAGGUGCGCACUUACGUCGUGCCGAGUCUGGUGGACUUUAACCUCACCCCCUUUGUCACAAAACGCGUGCGUCCGACGUUUGGCGUGUAUUCCCAGAGCGAAGGCCCGCUCAAGGGCCCGCGGAGUCCAUCGCUGUAUCUGGCCCGGUGGAAGGCUGAGAACGGUCUGGACUAA